AGGGGAAAUAAAGGGAAACUGGCCUCAGCGCGCAUGUGUACAGAUGUGCUUAAGCUCUCCUGGUAAAGAUGGCGGAGCGCGGGUACAGCUUUUCGCUGACUACAUUCAGCCCCUCUGGUAAACUUGUCCAGAUUGAAUACGCUUUGGCUGCUGUAGCCGGAGGAGCCCCUUCAGUGGGAAUUAAAGCUGCAAAUGGUGUGGUAUUAGCAACUGAGAAGAAACAGAAAUCCAUUCUGUAUGAUGAACGGAGUGUACACAAAGUGGAGCCAAUCACCAAGCAUAUAGGUUUGGUGUAUAGUGGCAUGGGCCCAGAUUACAGAGUGCUUGUGCACAGAGCUCGGAAGCUAGCCCAGCAGUACUAUCUCGUUUACCAGGAACCCAUUCCCACAGCUCAGCUGGUGCAGAGAGUAGCUUCUGUGAUGCAGGAGUACACCCAGUCGGGUGGUGUUCGUCCGUUUGGAGUUUCUUUACUUAUUUGUGGUUGGAAUGAGGGGCGACCAUAUUUAUUUCAGUCAGAUCCAUCUGGAGCUUAUUUUGCCUGGAAAGCCACAGCAAUGGGAAAGAACUAUGUGAAUGGGAAAACUUUCCUUGAGAAAAGAUAUAAUGAAGAUCUGGAACUUGAAGAUGCCAUUCAUACAGCCAUCUUAACCCUAAAGGAAAGCUUUGAAGGCCAAAUGACAGAAGAUAACAUAGAAGUUGGAAUCUGCAAUGAAGCUGGAUUUAGGAGGCUUACCCCAACUGAGGUUAAGGAUUACCUGGCUGCCAUAGCAUAAUAAUGAAAUGACUGAGCAAUGGGAAAUUGCAGAUAAUUGAUCUACUUAAACAUGUUUAAAGUAUGUUUUGUUUUGCAGACUUUUUGCAUACUUAUUUCUACAUGGUUUAAUGGACUGAUGUUUUUAAAAUGACACUUAUAAAUCAUAAUAAACUGUUAAAUCCAA